AUGGCCAGCUCCUCGUCCGCGCCCGCCGGCGCCACAGAUGCCGUGCUGAAGCCAUCCGAGCCGGUGCCUGAGGGUGUGCAGCAGGUGCAGGGCAUCGACUUCAACCAGCAUGCGGCGCGCCCCAUCACCGUCGACGAGCUCGUGGGCGGCUAUGCCACCAUGGGCUUCCAGGCAACGUCGGUGGGAGCGGCUGUGCGAAUCAUCAACGACAUGCGCGCCUGGAGAGACGCUGAGACGGGCGACCGCACAACCAUCUUUCUGGGAUACACGUCCAAUCUCAUCUCGUCGGGCCUGCGCGAAACACUGCGCUACCUCGUCCAGCACAAACAUGUCUCGGCCAUUGUCACCACGGCCGGCGGCGUCGAGGAGGACUUUAUCAAGUGCCUCGCCCCCACCUACCUGGGCUCCUUCUCCAUGCCUGGCGCCGGCCUGCGCAAAAAGGGCAUGAACCGCAUCGGCAACCUCGUCGUCCCCAACAGCAACUACUGCGCCUUCGAGGACUGGGUCGUGCCCAUUCUCGACCAGAUGCUCGACGAGCAGGAGGCCAGCAAGAAGACCGACGACCCGCUGCACUGGACCCCGAGCAAGAUAAUCCACCGCCUGGGCAAGGAGAUCAACGAUGAGCGAUCCGUCUACUACUGGGCGUGGAAGAACGACAUCCCGGUCUUCUGCCCGGCCCUCACCGAUGGAAGUCUGGGCGACAUGCUGUACUUUCACACGUUCAAGUCGUCGCCGGAGCAGCUGCGUGUAGACAUUGUAGAGGACAUUCGGAAGAUCAACACGAUUGCGGUCAGAGCAAAGCGGACAGGCAUGAUUGUCUUGGGUGGCGGACUGGUGAAGCACCACAUUGCCAAUGCGAACCUGAUGCGCAAUGGCGCCGAGAGCGCCGUCUACAUCAACACGGCCCAGGAGUUUGACGGGAGCGAUGCAGGAGCGCGGCCAGACGAGGCUGUCAGCUGGGGGAAGAUCAAGCUGGAUGGAGACAGUGUCAAGGUGUACGCAGAGGCAACGGUAGUGUUCCCGCUCAUUGUGGCGGCUACUUUUGCACGAGUGGCCGCCACGGCAGCAGACUAAUCGAAACCAAACAAAAAAGCGAGCAUUGCAAUG